AUGGAUUCCUUAGUCAAGGAGUGGGUUUUGUUUCUUGACAAGUGCCUGGAAACCCGGAUCCCAAUCGACCUAUUCGCUGCCGCAGCGACUCAGCUGCACACGCGGUCGCCCCUCCCCGGACGCAAGCUUGCAGCAUUACUAGUGAAGCCCCGAGCUGCUGGGGCGAACAGUGUUGAUCCGCGCGUAAUCGUCUAUGCUGAGCGCCUGCUCGCUCUCAACAAGGUUGACGCGUCCGAUAUCCUUUCCGCGGCUUUCCAAUUCUCAAAGGAUCGGACUCUCCAAGCAAGCGACAACACCAGUCCCAGGGAUCCAUCAGGAUGGCAGAAUCCGCCGGAGCUGGACGAGAUAUUAUUCCAUCGCCUGCACAAGUCUUUCUCGGGAGAACGACCCGAACGACCAGUUACCAAUGCGGAAGGAGUUCGAACCCUAAAAGCAGUGACGAGAUGGAUGUCAGCAAUGGUCACGUCGCAUACAAACGAUUCGAUGCUACAGGCUAUGACCGGCAUCCAGCAGCAGCCUCAGCAGCAGUCGAUCAAUGUUCGCGAGGGCCUUGGCAUGCUUGUGGUGGGGCUGAUCGAGAAUGGCAAGAUCCUGCAGUUGCUGAACCGGGGUGAGCUUAAAGAUGUGCGAAAGGGGUUUGCCCAAGCGCUCACGACCUUUAUUCCGUUCCUUGCACAGACUUCCAUUCAGAUCUCGAAUCGCCUCGAGAUCUAUCAGAAAGAACAUGACUUCAAUGAUAAGUCAAGUGUUGGGCCCAAUGGGGAGACGAACGAGAACUCCGGGCUCGAAGUUGCGGCGCUGCAGCUUGAGGCUGUGAUCGAUCUUCCUCAGAUCAACACAAGAGCUGGACUCUACAUAUUCCUCAAUUCAUUGCUUGUUGCACGUCCACUGACUGACGACAUUACUAUCAAUAACUACUUGCAUUCGUUUUACAAGAUGGACGCUCAAAGUAUGGCGACGGAUCUGGUCACCGCGUCCUUCGACAUACUGGCCAACGCUAUGUAUCGGAGUGAAUCAACCCAGACGAUGACUGGUCUGAAGUCGUUCCUUGUCAACAAAAUUCCUGUUCUAUUGACACAACUCACUGCUCCGCUAUACGCUAUGAAUCCACAAAUAUGCAUAACGCAGGCUCUCAGUCGAAUAGACCCGAACGCUUUCCCCGCCUUCUCCCAGGGAUUUGACGACAUGUUGGGUAACAAUAGCUCUCUUGCAGAUGUGCGGCAAGACUUUUUGAAUGCAUGUGCUCUGCACAACCUUAUUCCAGCGAAUACAGUGGAGCGUUUACUUGGGGAAGCUCCGAUGCAGGGCCCACCAGCAACGAGAUACAUCAAACAAGAUCUAUUGAAGCAGUGUAAAGACAAUGGCGACAAGGUGGUCACAUACAUUGAAGAAUUGGAAAACUUGGACGGCAAUGCUGGCGCCAUAGUAGCCGCUCUCGCUGAUUUUGUAGCGCACCUCUGCGAGACGCAAAUGUCCAUGUACCUCAAAACGCUGUGCAAUGCGCUUUCGAAGAAGACGACAGCACUCGAUGUAAUCUUGCAAUUCACAUCACCUGCCAGCAUACUACAACCGCUCUGUCAAUUCUUGGAUGAGUGGCAUUAUGAAACUGAUCAAGAGUAUCAACCAGUGUACGACGAAUUCAGUGCCAUUCUUGUCCUUGUCCUAGCCUUCGUAUAUAGGUACGAGCUCACUCACGAUGAUCUGGGGAUCGGGCACGACUCUUUUGUCGCUCAAUUUCUGGAACGUGGGCACCGCAGUAUUGCUCCGAACGAGUUGACUGAAGAGCAAGGCAAGCAUCUAGGUGGCUGGCUCCGUGGUCUAUUUGAUGCCGACAAGGAAGGACUCAGUAAUGAUGUGUUCGCAUCCUGUCGGCCUCAAGAGUUUUACCUCAUAGUGCCUACACUCUUCAACCAGACUGUAAUGGCAUGUUCUGCGGACGUUUUAUCUUUGGAUUCAGUUAAGGGCGGCCUAGAGUACCUACACGAGACCUUUCUUCUGCCAUCCCUCGUGGGAGGCCUAACGUGGAUGGCCUCGCACGCGCUUACGCAGACACACCAGGAGCACGAUGCGCUAGUGCAGAUAUUCCACAAGCUGAUCAGGUCGGCCCCCACAUCGGGGGAUGCACAGGCUAUGCAUUCCACGAUCCUCUCGAUCGUAUCGGCUCGGCUUGAGAGAUGCUUCCGCACCCUAAAGCAGCGCUACCCCGGGUAUAGCACGGAUAUUGACCAGCUUCUACAGGCUAUCAAGCCUAACCUACACUACACUCGCUCAAUUUUCUCACCUGCACCCCAACUGGAACAGUGGACUACUGCGACGAACAACACACUCGCUUCUUCGCUACGUCAUACCGUGCAGCAGCUCUCCCAAUGGGCCACGAAUGCUUCCAUUCAAUUUAACCCGCCUAGCUACACCCAUCGCCAAAUCUAUGCCUCUGUAGAGCUGCUUGGCCCAUCCAAAACUCUCGGUAUUAUCGUCGACGAAGUCAAAGCUCAGACUGACGCAGGCAAUGGCGCGGCAGCACUCAAUAUCGGCGUCACUCUUAUCUGUGCACCAAUGAUCAAGAACAGUGUCUUGCCGGUUGACUGGGUGGGCAGCUCUGCUCCUGUGACUCAGCCUCCACGAUCACGAUUAAACCUACGUGAAGUGCUCAAAUUCGAAUUCGACAAUGCCGCGAGCCUGGUAUCCACAGAUCAGUUAGCCGCCGAGACAAUUGUGCGCCUGCAUCGCCGUGUCGAAGCUCAACUCGCAAUUAUCGCGCAAGCUGGGCUCUCAACUGCCAACGCGGAUCUCACCAACGUCGGCAUAGUGCAAGCGCCAGGUCUAACCUCUGAAUUUGACAAGGCCAUGAAUGACGCUGCCGCUGCCUCAAUCGCGGCAGCGGGAGCAGAUAUGACCGAUAUCAACAAACAAUUGCAACAGAACAUCGACCAGUCAUUGGACCUUGGCGGUGUUGGUGCGGGCUUGGAUUUGAGCGCCAUGGGAGUCGAUGCAGGCGCAGGCAAUAUGAGCGCCGACCUGGGGAACUUGCCAGACUUAGAUUUGGAUAUGGGCGACAUGGGCAUGGGCAUGAACAUGGAAGGAGACGAUGAUUGGGGCCUGGACUUUGACAACAUGUAG